GCAUUAAACAUCUUCACGUGUCAGAUCACAUUCUUCCACGUGUCACCUCUACAUACUCACACAGCAACACCACCCAGUUUUCAGAUUUUUUUUCCCACUACCCAAGCUCUGCUCAACUUCCGCUCCCCUUUUCCGUCGCCCUGAAUUCCAGUUUCCGAUCCCUUUCGGUUUCCAUGGCUGUCCCCCUAGCUAGCAAGCUCUCCUCCACCCACCGCCAUUCUUUGCUCUUCCCCAACUCUCCCUGCCCUUCUCCUCCAUUUCCAUCUAGGUUCCUCUCCCUGUCGCUGACGAGUACUGGCAACAACCCCAACAGCAACGCCAAUGGGUUGUCUCUGACUCAGUACUCACUCGCUUCGCUCCACCGCCGCCUCACCCCGCCUCCUGCUCUCGACUCCGACGUGCCUCACCCUCUUCACAAGGGAUCGGUGAACUUGAAGAAUAGUAAGAGCUUUGAGCAAUGGGAUUCAUGGACAGCAAUAUUUUCUGGGGCGUCAAAUAUACCCUUUCUGUUGAUGCAACUACCUCAGAUCAUCCUUAAUGCCCGUAAUUUAUUGGCAGGAAAUAAGACUGCUCUUUUAGCUGUACCAUGGCUGGUAAAGCAUUUUAGUAGAUUCUUAUAGCCUCUGGUAACAGCAUUUUCUGCAUCUUUUAUGAGUGUGUGUGUGUGUGUG